AUGGCGGCCCCCGCGAUGCUGCUGCCGCUGGUGGCGGCGGGGCUGGCGCUGUGCGCGGCGCUCCUGUGGUUGCGCGGGCGGGCGGCCCGGCCCGAGCUGGUUCGAGGGCGGGUGUGCGUGGUGGUGCUGGGCGACCUGGGCCGCAGCCCCCGCAUGCAGUACCACGCGCUGGCUCUGGCCCGGCACGGACACGGCGUCACCCUGCUGGGCUUCCUCAGCACAAAGCCGCAUAGUGACAUUUUGUGCAAUGAAAAGAUACACAUUGUAUCUAUUUCGGAACUUAAAGUAUUGCAAGUUGGUCCUAAGAUUUUCCAGUAUAUUACGAAAGUUAUUGCACAGGCAAUACAACUGUUCUAUACAAUGCUGAAGGUAGAUCGUCCAUCUUAUAUUCUUCUUCAGAAUCCUCCAGGCCUGCCUAGUAUAGCUGUUACCUGGAUGGUUUGCCUUGUACGAAGAAGCAAACUGAUCAUUGAUUGGCACAACUAUGGUUAUACUAUAAUGAGUCUGAUCCAUGGAAAAAAUCACCCUAUAGUACAAAUUGCAGAGUGGUAUGAAAAGCUUUUUGGACGUCUAUCUGACUACAACUUUUGUGUGACUAAUGCAAUGAAAGAAGAUCUACAAAUGAAUUGUAACAUCAAAGCAAUAACCCUCUAUGACAAGCCAGCUUCUUUUUUUAAGGAAACACCAUUAGAAAUCCAGCAUGAAUUGUACAUGAAACUUGCCAAAGACUAUGCUCCAUUUAAAAGAGGAACAGACUCCAUACAUCCAGAUGUUGAGAAGUCUGCAUUUACAGAACUAGACAUCAGAAAUGGAAAUGUAACACAAAUCAAAGAAAGACCAGCUCUUCUAAUCAGCAGCACCAGUUGGACAGAGGAUGAAGAUUUUUCUAUUCUUUUAAAAGCUUUAGAAGAUUAUGAAGAGUAUGUCAAUGAUGGAAUCAAGCUUCCUUCUUUAGUAUGUGUGAUAACAGGUAAAGGGCCUCUAAAAAAGCACUACAACAGACUGAUAGACAAAAUGCACUUUAAACACAUCCAGAUCUGUACACCGUGGCUAGAAGCUGAGGAUUACCCUGUUCUACUUGGCUCAGCAGAUCUGGGUGUCUGUCUCCACAAAUCAUCUAGUGGUUUGGAUCUGCCUAUGAAGGUGGUGGAUAUGUUUGGCUGUUGUUUACCUGUAUGUGCAGUACAUUUCCAGUGUUUACAUGAACUUGUGAAACAUGAUGAAAAUGGCUUGAUAUUUAGGGACUCGAAUGAACUUGCAGAACAGCUGAAGAUGCUCUUAUUGGAAUUUCCUACAGGUGAAAGUAAACUUGAUAUGUUCAGAAGAAAUCUUCGGGCAUCCAAGCAGCUGCGGUGGGAUGAGAGCUGGGAACAAACUGUGCUUCCUGUGUUUAGAAACAAUUAAUGAUUUCCAAAAAAUGGACAAAAGAAUUUGCACAUAUGAUUUUCACAUUCCCAAGUUUGGUUAUACAUGAUGGAAAUGGUGACUAAAACCUUUAUAUUUGGUCUUAGACAAGUGUUUUUUAAAUCUCUCCAUCCUGAAACAACCUUUGCAACACACACUUUGAUCUGUGAUUUGAACCAGUUGGAUGAAUAAUUCGGUAUGGUUUGAGAUUUGUUUACAGCUGAACUUGUACUUCACAUUAUGUAAAGAUAGAAGAAAGACAUGGUCCCUGCCUGAAGGAACUUAAAUUUCACAAUCUAUCCGGACCAUUAAUCUACCUCUAGCAUUUGGAAUGAAUGGUUCGGACAGUGACAUCCCUUAGGGGAGGAUCUAUUAAUGGAGAUUCUCUAUGUCCUUGUAAGGAGGCGAGGAUGGAAGAUGAUAAAAUACAGGUAGAAUCUGAUGAGAAACAGUCAAAUGAAAAAAAAGUCCCAUUCAAUAACAUCAUGUAAUAGCAGACAGCUAAAAAAUGACAAGUUUUUAAAGUGCUUAUAUACCAAUGCUAAAAGUCUAAAUAAUAAGAUGGGUGAACUAGAGUGCCUGUUUUAAAUGAGGAUAUUGAUAUAAUAGGCAUCACAGAAACUUGGUGGAAUGAGGCUAGUCAAUGGGACACAGUAAUACCAUGAUACAAAAUAUAUCAGGACAGAACAGGUCGUGUUGGUCGGGGAGUGGCACUAUAUGUGAAAGAGCACAUAGAAUCAAAUGAAGUAAAAAUCCUAAGUGAACUAAACAGUACCAUAGAAUCUCUACAGAUAGUAUUUCCAUGCUCUAAUAAGAAUAUAGCGGUAGGGAUAUAUUACCGAUCACCUGACCAGGAUGGUGACAAUGACUGUGAAAUGCUCAGGGAGAUUAGAGAAGCUAUUAAAAUAAAAAAAUAAUAAUGGUGGAUUUCAUCUAUCCCCAAAUCGACUGGGUACAUGUCACCUCAGGACAGGAUGCAGAGAGAAAGUUUCUUGACACCUUAAAUUGGUCAGCUAGUCCUAGAACCCACAAGAGGAGAGGGAAUUCUUGAUUUAGUCCUAAGUGGAGCACAGGAUCUGGUCCAAGAGGUGAAUAUAGCUGGACUACUUGGCAAUAGUGACCAUGAUUUAAUUAAAUGUAACAGCCUUGUGGCGAGGAAAACACCACAGUGGCCCAACACUGUAGCAUUUAAUUUCAGAAAGGGGAAUUACACAAAAAGGAGGAAGUUAAACUAUUUAAAAGGGCAACAAAAAUGAUUAGGGGUAUGGAACAGCUGUCAUAUGAGGAGAGAUUAAUAAGACUGCCACUUUUCAGCUUGGAAAGGAGGUGACGGGGGUGGGUGGGUAUGAUAGAGGUCUAUAAAAUAAACUCCUUGCCAGAGGAUGUUGUGUAGGCCAAGUCUAUAAAAGGGUUCAAAAGAGAACUGGAUAAGUUCAUGGAUGACAGGUCCAUCAGUGGCCAUUAGCCUGGAUGGACCGGGAUAGUGUCUCUAGCCUCUGUUUGCCAGAAGGUGGGAAUGGGCUCAUAGACUUCCGUUCUGUUUUGUUCCCUUUGGGGCACUUGGCAUGGGGCACUGCUGGAAGACAGGAUACUGGGCUAGAUGGACCUUUGGUCUGACCUAGAACGGCUGCUGUUAUACAAGGGGGAAGAAUUCAGGCUGCUUUAGGAAUCCUAACCUCAGAAUUUUCUGACUUUUGCCAUUUCAGUUUUAAACACAAAGGUUGCUUCCCUGUGGAUUUUUACAUACGUAUGGUAUAAUGGUUAAAUUUUCUGUCACUGGAAUGAACGCUUUGCUUGCACUGAGUAAUUACAGGCGACUCUUCAUUUUUAAUAAGAAUACUAACAUUCUGUUUUAAAUGUAACUUUAAAAUAACUUAUGUUCUUGGCUGUUCUUCCCCAGGUAAAUGUUGAGUAUCCCCUUUUAUAUCAUUAUGGUGGCAGAACCACUGAAGCCUGUCGCUCUGGCUGUGCUUGCAUAAUAUCCAUCUUGCUGGUUGUAGAGUACAUAGUGCCAGACCAGCUUUCUGGAUGUUCACUCUCUGCAACAUAUCUUCAUUGUUGGUAUGAUCACUCAUGCAUGGUCAUGGUGUUCACAUGCUGUUUAUUAUGUUAUUGUUAUUAAAAAACAGGGACUAAA